AGUAUAAUCUAAUCUGAUAUUACGGUGAGAGUGCUCAAUGUUCCGCAGGGUCCUUUGCAACUCUUUCCCCCAUCUUCCUAUUCCAACAAUCCCACCCAAAACCAACAACUCCUUCUUCGCCUUACCCAUUCUCACUGUCAAAGCCUUUUCCUCUUCCAAAAUGGGGGACGCAAGAAGACCCAUCUCCGUCCCCAUUCCCACUCUCGAAAAAGCCCAACGCUCCGAACUUCUCCGUGCUCUAGAAGCUUCCUUGGGUUCUUCCUUCAGCUCCGACCCUCUCUCUCCAAACCCUAACCCUCUCAUUCUUGUCAUCAGUGGCCCCAGUGGGGUUGGCAAAGACGCGCUAAUCACGCGCCUCCGUCAGUCCCGCCGCGGCCUCCACUUCGUCGUCACUGCCACCACGCGCCCCCGCCGUCCCUCCGAGGUGCACGGCAAGGACUACUUCUUCGUCUCCAAAGAGGAGUUUCUCGGCAUGGUGGAGCAGCAGGAGCUGCUCGAGUACGCGCUGGUGUAUGGUGAUUACAAAGGCGUGCCGAAGCAGCAGAUUCGCGAGUUCAUGGCAAAGGGUUGCGAUGUGGUGCUUAGGGUUGAUAUUCAGGGUGCGGAGACACUGAGGAAGGUGCUGGGAAGCUCGGCGGUGUUCGUGUUUGUGGUGGCGGAGAGUGAGAUGGCGAUGGUGGAGAGGUUGGUGGAUCGGAAGACGGAGACGGUGGAGUCUCUGCUUGUGAGGAUUGGUACCUCGAGGGAGGAGAUGAAGCACGUGAAGAAUUUUGAUUAUGUGGUAGUGAAUGCCAAAGGGAAGCUUGACAAUGCUGUGAUGUUGGUAGAGUCUAUUAUUGAUGCUGAGAAAGCUAAGGGACUUCAAGCUCGUGUUUUCUUGUACAUGCAAACCGUGGAAGCGCAAUCACUUAAAAAUAUUGGCGUACCUGCGCUAGACAUGUUUUAUGAAGCUGAUAAACUGGGGAUGCUAGAAAAAAUCUAAUUUUUGAGUUCUGCUUAUUGCCAGUGCCAAGCAUGAUAUUGCUUUUCUACAAUUGGUGUCAUCGUGGUGCAGAGUGCAGACAUGUGGUGAUUCUUCCAGUACUGCCUUCUGUUACAGUUACAAGUAUUUGUUCUUGGUGAAUAGAAGUUUUAUUUACAACGCGUAAUAUCAUUUGUUUAUUUUAAUGGGUGAUCUGGUUGGAAAUAUUAAUGUAGGCAGCAAAUUCAAUUAAGUGGAUGAAAACAGUGAAAUGAACUAACACAGAGCCUUGAUACCUCGUGUAUUCCUUGUAUUGAACUGAUUAAAAAUUGCCAGUGGCUCAAACCUAAUGGUAAUAGCUUUUUG